UGUUGUUUACAUUUUCUAAGAUGGCGGCGGGGAUGUAUUUGGAGCAUUAUUUGGACAGUAUCGAAAACCUGCCAUUCGAGUUGCAGAGAAACUUCAAUUUAAUGCGAGAUCUAGAUCAACGCACUGAGGAUCUAAAGGGGCAGAUAGACUCUCUUGCCAAAGAGUACACUGCCAAUGCCCGAACUCUUUCCUCAGAGCAAAAACUGUCCAUACUAAGGCAGAUUCAGCAGUCUUACAGUAAAUGCAAGGAGUUUGGAGAUGAUAAAGUGCAACUGGCCAUGCAGACCUAUGAAAUGGUCGACAAACACAUCAGACGUCUUGAUACAGACCUGGCUCGGUUCGAGGCUGACCUGAAGGAGAAGCAGAUUGAGAGCACAGACUAUGAUUCCACCUCCAGUAAGGGGAAGAAAGUUGACACCAGACAGAAGGAAAAGAAGACGGCUAAAACAAGGUCUAAAGUGAAGAGUUCAGAUGAAGAUGGCAGUCCCAAGAGCGCACAGAAGAAAGUCAAACUCCUUCAGCCGGGAGAAUUCAACAGCCCAACGGCUAAUUUUGGGAAUGUGCACCCCUCUGAUGUGCUGGACAUGCCAGUGGACCCCAACGAACCAACUUACUGUCUGUGCCAUCAGGUCUCUUACGGCGAGAUGAUCGGCUGUGACAACACUGAUUGCUCCAUUGAGUGGUUCCAUUUUGCCUGUGUGGGCCUGACAACCAAACCAAGAGGAAAAUGGUAUUGUCCACGAUGCUCUCAAGAUAGAAAGAGAAAAUAAAAACACCUGGUUAACCUGGAACGAAAUGUGGACUUGGAUCAGACGGAGAGGGAGAAGAGUAUUUCUUCAUUAGUUAAUAGACUUUUUUGUUCUCAUCUUCCUUAACAAUUUGGUGCUUUUUCUUUCGGUUUACAUCAUUUGCUUUGUUCUGAUGCAGUGUGUGUGUGUGUGUGAAGGAGCCAAGUGGUUACAAUUGUAUUUAAAUAUUGAUUUUUUUUUUUGAUUUUUUUUUACAUUUCUUUUUUAGUUUUCUUUGGUGCUCUUAUUGUGACUUUUUUAUGACUGCAUAUUAAACACUACAGCUGCCAUGGAUAGUUAAACAGUUCUAAUGGGACACACAACAUACAACAUUCAGGUGUUCAAUCAGAAACAGAAUUAUUUUCUUGGACAACGGUUCAGUCAUGGAUACAUUUUGGCUUUGUUGUAUAGUUAGUUUUUUGUGCUUAGCCUUGAAACACUAGUGUUAUGAUUUAUGUAUAACAAAAGGGCAAAAAAAUGAAUACAAAUGCUGCAUCCUGACAGUAUUAGGCAACUGUGGUAGUGAGUUUAACUAUUUCAUUUUAACAUUUGAUUGAGUGCUGUAUAGAAAGUAAGACAUUAUGUGAAAAGUAUUGUCAUUUCUGUAGCUGAAACAUUGGUACAAGGAAGAGGGGGUGCUUGUGUUGUCAAUCAUUUGAAUACAGCUACUACCUCAAAAAUGUUGCUUCUGUGGUUCUUUGUCUUUGAGGUGUUUCCAGUGGUGGACAUUAACAAAGUAGAUUUUAAUUGAGUACAAUACUUAAGUACAGUUUUUGAGUAUCUGUACUUUACUUUAGUAUUAUUUUUUGGGGUACUUAUUACUUUUACUCCACUACAUUCAGAAGACAAUUAUUGUACUUUUGACUCCACUAUAUUUCUAUCAAUGCUCUAGUUACUCACUACUUUUGCUUUGAAGUCGGCUCAUGAAUUUCCUUCUCUUCUCUGAAAUCUGAUCCCUUAGACAGUAAAAUGUGUUUGUGUAGUUCUGUUUGUCUCAGUGGUUUAGUCAUACCUGUAUAUCAUGUGUCUUCACGGUUGAACGCGGAGCAAACACAGAGCAAGUUUCACUCAGAUCAGGCAGUUGUUAAUGAUGGUUAUAAUUCUCCACCUGAGCACCCAUGGCCAUAUCUUCAGCCCGUGUUAGAGGUUUUUGAAAUGAAGAAUGAUACGUAUCGUUUGAAAUGUUCUCCCUGUGUCCCACUCUGCCCAAACAUACAAAAAUUCUCAGUCCAACCUGAGAAAGUGUGUUGAGAUACAUAACAUUUGUUUCAUUCCAGAUAGACAUUUCAAACUAAGUUGUCUGUGCUUGGAGUAACUUAGUCGUUGUUUUUAUUCCAUGGUAUAGUUUUUAGAGAUUUCAAGUAAUGGUUUCUAGAUUAACAUAAUGUAACAGAAUUUACUCCUAUGUAUUCUUUACUGCAUUUAUGUAUUGUGAAAACACAACAUUUAGAGAUAUUUUAAAAGUAUUUUUAAAAGCAAGUACUUCAGUACUUUAACUCAAGUAAUAAUCUGACAGAGCAACUUUCACUUGUAUUGGAGUAAUAUUUGACCUGGAGUAUCUAUACUUUGACUUAAGUAAUGAAGCUGUGUACUUUGUCCAUCACUGCACAUGAGUAGUUUGACUUCUGGUGUAGUGUUAAUCCUUUGCCAGUAGGUGACACCAUUGCGUAAUAGUUCUUGCAGAGACGUCGCACGUUUAUGACGUCAGAGUUUCGAGGCUUUGGCGCGAUGUCCGGACAGAUUUGAAAAGCUGAGGAUUCAAACCGCUUACAGACGGUAGAGGACGAGGACUGCAGUCAAGUUUCCGAAGGACGAAAUUGUGGAUAACAGGACCACAGGCACUAAAAGUGAGCGGGGUUCUUUGUAAAUAGCUUAAAUGGAACUGUUGGACAUGUUUAGCAUCACUUUUAAGCAAUUAAACCAUUACAGCCGCGAAGUUGGACUAUGUAGUUGCGCGAUUCAAGCUAGUUAGCCUGCUGGUAUCUUUUACCCAAAUAUCCAUGAUGAUUAUUUUUAAGUAUCGACUACAAUAGCGUGUUCAUGAUAAGUGAUUUGUUAAAUGUUACAUCGCGAUGAACCGUAGCCAACUUUAAUAUAUGUUUAAUAAUAUGUUCAGCCUUUGCUACAGAAGCUUAAGUUUCAUCAUAACAAUUAUAAAUGUUAAUUGUUUCAUUGUUUUUCUCUUCACAAAGGGAUGUCGUGGGACUUCUUUGUACCUGUGUGUGUGGGUGACCUGGUCAAAACUGGGGGGAUCAAUCAGUACGUUGUUCAAGACGUGGUUUCCCCAAAACAGCUGCCUUCCCAUCUCAGUAAAUUCAAGGCAGCAUUGCGAAGCCAGGGUCCUUUGUGUAUAUUAGAGCACUUCGACACAGGCUACAGUGUGCUUCAGCACUUCAACUCAGUGGAGCUAGCUGCAAAAGAAGAUGCUCUUGAUUUACUGGUACAAGUGGUUAGUGGUCUGGCUGCCACCCUGCCAGCUUUUUUUGUCUCCACCUCUGUCUCGGCUGCGGAGCGCAAAGAGAAGCUUAACGCAGUUAAAAUGAGCGUCUACCUGCUCUGCAAACUCACAGAGACCCUUGAGAGUGACUCCUAUAGACAGAGUAUUAUCACAGCCCCUGGAAAGGGUGGCAAAAAAGGCAAAGGUGGUGGGGAAGGACUGCUGCAAUGGGACUCUGAGAGAGAGAAGGUGCUGCACGCACUCAUUCAGCUCCUCCAGCUGGAUAUCCGUUCCCUCUGGAACCUCUCCCUGGUGGAGGAAGAGUUCAUCAGUUGUGUGACCUGCUGCUGCUACAAACUACUUGAGAACCCGACCAUUGGCCAUGUCAAGAGCAAACCCACCAGAGAUUGUAUAAUCCACCUUCUGGGGAUCCUUAUCAAGAAGUACAAUCAUCUCCUGGGUGCAAGUGUAAAGGUGAUCCAGUUGCUGCAACACUUCGACCAGCUUUCAUCCGUGUUCGCUCAGGCAGUGUUUGUGUGGAGUACAGAAUAUGGACUCAGGGCCAUCAUAGGAGAAGUAAUAAGGGAGAUUGGUCAGAAGUCAAGUGAGGAGCUUGCUAGAGAGGGGUCUGGGGUCAAGGCUUUUGCAUCCUUUGUUUCAGAACUCGGCGCACUGGUGCCUGAGUUAAUCAUCCCCAACAUAAGUGUGCUCAUCACACACCUUGAAGGAGAGAGCAACACAAUGCGUGUCGCAGUGUGUGAGGUGCUGGGAGAGAUCCUCGUGCGGGUCCUGUGUGGCGAUGGACUGGAUGAGUCUGGUAAAGCUGACCGUGAUCGCUUCUUCGACACACUGCAGGAGCAUCUGCAUGACACACACUCCCAUGUCAGGGCACGUGUGUUACAGGUCUACACACGCAUCGUCAACAGCAAAGCAUUGCCCCUGGGUAGAUACAGUGAGGUGAUGGAGCUUGCUGUGGGAAGAUUGAUGGACAAAUCCAUAAAUGUAGUCAAGAGUGCCAUCCAGCUGUUAGGAGCUUUCAUCGCACACAACCCCUACAGCUGCAAGUUGAGCAGCGCAGAUCUGAAGAAACCCCUGGAGAAAGAGACAGCUAAACUCAGAGAGCUGAAAGAAAAGCUGGAGGGAAAAGCUCCAGUGGCGGUCAUUAAAGCAUCCGAGCUGUGGGCUGCCAUGGAGCCUGAGCUGCUCGUCACUGUCAGGACUGAGCUGGAGCCUACAAGCAAUGCAGAGAAGGAGCAGGAGGAAGAGGAGGGGGAGGACGAAGACAACGGGGAUGUGGAGGAAGACAAGGAGGAAGAGGAUGACAGAGCAACCGCAGUGAAGAUAGCUCAGUACCUGCGUGUCAACAAGUACAGGAAUGCCGUGCGUCUUUGUGUAAGAGCCCACAGCUGCUUCCCCGAGUCUGAGAUGUUUGCUUCUCUGUCGACUCUCAACCCUGAGACUCUAAUGUACACACUGGCUCUGAUUUUUAAAGGCUCUGACGAUGACUCCGCUGAGCUCAGCCAGAACCUGCCACCAACCCCACAGAAAGAGGGCGAGAAGGAGGGUGAGGACGGGGAGAUGAAGAAGCAGGAGAUGUUGGUGCAGUACCUAAAAGACACAGAAACCUUCGCCUUACAAGUGGAGAGGGCAAUCUCAGUCAUUAACUCCAUGCUCUACUGGAAAACCACUUCAGUGGUCCAGGAGGCUGUGCAGUUUUGUGUGACUGUAUGCGAGUUCAGCGUUGCCAACUCAGUCAGCGGGGUGAGGAAAAUGUUGCCACUGGUCUGGUCAACUGAUGCUGCAAUUAAAGACGCUGUGGUUCAGGCCUACAAACGCUUGUAUCUGAAUCCUCAGGGUGACAACAUCAGGACAAAAGCCCACACUCUGGUGGACAGCCUGUCUGAGCUGAUGGUGGAUGCAUCUCUGGGUACGAUCCAAUGUCUUGAGGAAAUAGUUCAGGAGUUCUUUGGCAGUGCAAGCAAUCUCCAGUCCACCGUGGUGCAGGUCUUGUGGGAGAGGUUUACUGGCAAACGAGAAACUUCCCCCCUACACAGGCGAGCUUCAGUGUUGCUGCUGGGCAUGGCUGCACGGGCAGAGAGAGAGGUGGUCCUCAGUAAUCUGGACACUCUUUGUUCUGUGGCUCUGGGGGAAAAAGUGACUGAAGACUUCCUUCUGGCCAGAGACACAAUUAUCACCAUCUGCAGCAUCACGGACCAUGUCAGACAAUCAAAAGGCGCUCCAUUCAGACUUCCCCAGGACCAUCAGCUCUUCACCUGCCUCACCCAGGCCCUCGCUGAAGGUGUGGUGAUGGAAGACCCUUACUGGCAGGGCUUCAUGGAGCAGGCUGUCCGUCUCAUCUACUUCCUGGCUGAAUCCCCUGACCAGCUGUGCUCCCGGCUGCUCCAGCGCAGCGCUCGCCUCUUAAUGGACCAGAUUACAGAAGGUGGAGAGGUCAACAAGGAUGCCAGCCAAAUACAAGAUGGAUCUCAAGAGUCCAACGAGCAAGGUGAACAAGUGAACUGUGUGUGUUUGGCCCAGCUGUUGGCUCUGUGUGGCUGCGUGGCUUUCUGGCAGGUGUCGCACCUUGAGCGCAGCGUGAGCGCUGAGCUGCGGAGGAGGAGAGGAGAGAAAGAGGAGAGGGAGGAGAAGGAAAAGGGCCCAUCCAGCAAAGCAAAGCAGCAAUCAGCCAACGAGAGUGCCAUGGAAGAGGAACUUGGUUUGAUUGGUGCUUCUGCUGAAGACACAGAGGCUGAACUCAUCCGGAAGAUCUGCGAGACCGAGUUACUGGCUGAGGAGAACCUGCUGAGUGCAUUCCUUCCCCUGCUGGUGAGAGUCUGCAGCUCUCCAGGACGCUACUCCCACCCACAGCUCACUACCGCUGCCUGUCUGGCACUCUCUCAGUACAUGAUGAUAAGCCCAUCAGUGUGUGAAGAAAACAUCCGGCUCAUGUUCACCGUGCUGGAGCGCUCUACUUUUCCUGUGGUCAGGGCGAACGCCAUAAUAGCCCUGGGAGACCUCACCGUCCGUUUUCCAAAUAUUUUGGAGCCUUGGACUCAGAAUCUAUAUGCCAGGCUCAGUGACGAGGUGCCUUCGGUGCGACAGACAGCUGUGACAGUUCUAACUCAGCUGGUGCUUAAAGAUGUCCUUAAGGUCAAAGGUCAAGUCAGUGAGGUGGCGGUUCUGUUAAUUGACCCCGAGCCUCACAUUACCAGCCUGGCACUGAACUUCUUCAACGAACUGGCCUCUAAGGACAAUGCCAUCUACAACCUGCUCCCAGACAUCAUCAGUCGCCUGUCAGACCCAGAGAGAGGCAUGACCUGUGAGGACUUCAACACCAUUAUGAAACAGCUCUUCUCCUACAUAACCAAGGAGAGGCAGACCGAGUCUCUGGUGGAGAAACUCUGUCAGCGCUUCAGGACUGCCAGGACGGAGCGUCAGUGGUGUGACUUGGCUGUGUCUCUGUCUCUGCUCUCCAUGUGUGAGCGGGGUUUCAAGAGGCUGCAGGAGUGCUGGGAGUGUUACAGUGACAAGUUAACUGAGCCCGGAGUCUACCAGCCUCUCCUCUCCAUCACUGCCAAGCUCCGCCGUGGGGCUAAACCUCAGUUUAAGGCCCAGGUAGAUGAGUUUGAAAAGCGUCUGACUGCUGUUCACACACGUGGUCUGGAGAAUGUUGAGAGUCCUGAGAUGGAUGAGGAAAACCCCAAAGAAGGAGGAUCCACAGAGAAGACGGUCAUGCGAACACCUCUGGCCACCAGAGGCCGGACGAGGUCAAAGAGAGGUCAAGCAAAGCCCUCAGCUUCUAGUCGUGGGGAGGAGAGUUUCGUGACACCACGGAAAUCUCGCAAGUCCAAGAAGCCUGUGAUCACGUUCAGCAGCGAUGAAGAGGUGGAGGAUGAAGAGGAUGCAGUCAUGUCUGAGAAUGAGACCCCCAAAGUGACCACACCCAUCGCCCGCACAUCCCGACGAGCUCGUCUCAGAAACUGAUUUCCUCUGUUUUCUUUUAAACCUUUAUCUAACCCUUGCAUUUUUAAAAAUUAUAACGUUUUAAUCCUUUUGUAUAUUUUUAAAGAAAUUGUUAAAGUAGUCUUGAUGCUGUAUUGGUGAUGUAGAAUCAUCUUUAAUAAACCUGGUUCUGGUUUUGAUAAAAA